AUGGCCGAAUACUUAGCUCUCCCUUCCUUCCUUGUGGAGAAUUCCGUCGUCGGUGCUGUUAACAAUGCAUACAACUCGUUCUCCGAGCGAAGGGCGGCCCUCGGCCUGUCCAAUCCAGGUACUGUGGAUAACAUCGCCAGAGAGGUGCAAAAGGAGGUUCUGCUGUCGAACUUCAUGUUCUCCGGUCUUCGUGCGGACUUGACAAAGGUUUUCGGCAUGUCUCCCCUGUUCCGUGUCUCGCAUGCGUUCUCGAUGGGUUCUUCCGGCAAUCUGCCUCCAUAUGCCUUUUCGGCCAUGUACGGAACUCCUAAGGUCUUCAUGCAGGGCAACUUUGGAAGUGAUGGCGCUCUCGCUGCUGUGUUCAACUAUCGGUGGAAUCCCAAGUUGGUCACUAAGACCAACACUCAGAUCAUGGCUGGAGCCAGCCAAGGUCUUCUGCAGAUCGACAAUGACUACACCGGUGAUGACUUCUCUGCAUCCCUCAAGGCCUUCAACCCUUCGUGCCUCGACGGCGGUCUUACAGGAAUCUUCGUCGGAAGCUAUCUUCAGUCUAUCACUCCCAGUCUGGCUCUCGGUUUUGAAGCGAUCUGGCAGCGUCAGGGUAUGAACACUCGUCCGGAGACCGCUCUCUCGUACUGCGCUAGAUACAAGGCCAACGACUGGAUUGCCAGUGCUCAGCUUCAGGCUCAGGGUGUCUUCACAGCCUCCUACUGGAAGAAGCUUUCUGAGCGAGUUGAGGCCGGUGUCGAUAUGAACCUUCAGUUUGCUCCCAGCGCCGCUGCGGUUAUGAUGGGCGGACCUAGCAGAGACGGUACUACCUCCAUCGGCGCCAAGUACGAUUUCCGGGCAUCCACAUUCCGUGCCCAGGUCGACAGCGCUGGCAAGGUGAGCUGCCUGCUGGAGAAGCGCAUUGCUAUGCCCAUCUCCCUUACUUUUGCUGGCGAAAUUGAUCAGGCUAAGCAAACUGCUAAGCUCGGUCUUGCUGUGUCCCUCGAGAUCGCUGGCGAGGAAUUGAUGGAGCAGCAGGAGAAGAUCGAGGCCCAGGGCAUGGUUCCUCCUCCUUUCUAA